AUGGUUUCUAUUCGUUUACUUAUUGUUGCCGUUAUUGGUAUUGCUGUUGUAGCUGGAAAUACUCUUCCAUAUGAUCAAAUUCCUGCUCAAUUCAAAGAAUUUGUUCCUGAUGAGGUAAAAGAAUUUUACAAAGGAAUAACUCAAGAAGAUCGCGCUGUCCUUAUAGAAAUUGCCAAGAAUCACGACAAAUAUACAAAUGAAGAAGAAGCUAUUGCUGCUCUUAAGGAAAAAUCACCAGCUCUUGGAGAGAAGGCUGAAAGUCUUUACAACAUGGUCAAGGAAAAAGUUAACUCUCUUACUGAAGAACCUAAAAAAUUCGCAAAAGAAUUAAUCCAAGAGGCUCGUGCUCUUCGCCCAGUUCCAGGAGAGAAACCAGACUUGAAUAAAUUAAAGGAAUUCGGAAGUAAAUAUAUUGGAAAAUACAAAGAUCUCAGUGAUGCUGCUAAGACUGAAUUGAGACAAGUCUUCCCAAAAAUGCAUGCUCUUGCUGAAAAUGAAAAAUUCCAAAAAUUGAUCAAGGGAUUCCUUAACAUUGAAAACUAA